AUGCUUCUCCUCCUCUUCUUCCUCCUCCUCCUCGUCUCUGCAGCUCCACCCGCUCUCUCCCUCAACCAGGAAGGCCUCUACCUCCACGGCGCCAAGCUCUCCCUCUCCGACCCCGACUCCUCCCUUGCUGCCUGGGACGAUAGCGGCGACUCCCCCUGCGGCUGGCCGGGCGUCGCCUGCGACCCCGCCUCUGGCUCCGUCACCUCCGUCAACCUCCCCAGCGCCAACCUCACCGGUCCUUUCCCCCUCCUCCUCUGCCGCCUCGCCAACCUCACCUUCCUCUCCCUCUACAACAACUCCAUCACCUCCCUCCCGUCCGGCAUCUCCGCCUGCCGCUCCCUCGUCCACCUCGACCUCGCCCAGAACCUCCUCGUCGGCGGUCUCCCUGCCUCCCUCGCCGACCUGCCAAACCUGGCCUACCUUGAUUUGUCGGGCAACAACUUCUCCGGCGACAUCCCGGCGAGCUUCGGCCGGUUCCAGAGGCUCGAGGUGCUGUCCCUCGUGAACAACCUCCUCGAUGGCACGAUACCAGGCUUUCUCGGCAACAUUAGCUCGCUGAAGAUGCUGAACCUCUCGUACAACCCGUUCACGCCGGGUCGGAUCCCGCCGGAGCUCGGGAACUUGACGAAUCUCGAGGUGCUCUGGCUGACCGAGUGUAGCUUGACCGGGGAGAUUCCGGAGUCGCUCGGGAGGCUCAAGAGACUCACCGAUUUGGACCUCGCCAUCAACUACUUGGAGGGACCCAUACCGAGUUCGCUCGCUGAGUUGGAGAGCGUCAUCCAGAUUGAGCUCUACAAUAACUCCCUGACGGGAAAGUUGCCACCAGGGCUGUCGAAGCUGACCGCAUUGCGGUUUCUCAACGCAUCGACGAACAGGCUGAGUGGCACUAUUCCAGACGAGCUGACUCGGUUGCCUCUCGAGUCGCUCCAGCUCUACCGGAACCAGUUCUCUGGGGAGCUGCCGAUAGGGAGUGGGAGCUUCGAGAAAUUGCUCGAGUUAGACCUCUGCGAUAACAAUCUCUCGGGGCAAAUUCCGUCCGAAAUCGGAAGCCUGACUAAGCUCAAUUACCUCUACUUGAACAACAAUUCGCUCUCCGGCCCGAUCCCAAUAGGGAUUGGGAGCUUGGAGAAUUUGCUCGAUUUAGACCUCUCAAGAAACAAUCUCUCCGGCCAAAUCCCUAGGACAUUGUGGAACCUCAGCAACCUGCAGUUCCUCGUGCUUUUCUCCAACAACCUCACUGGGACUAUUCCUCCAGAGGUCGGGAAUCUCGCGUCGGUGAUCUAUCUCAACGUCGACAUGAACCAGCUUUAUGGAGAGCUCCCUGAGACCAUAUCUCGCCUUGCUAAGUUAAGGGGGAUCUUCUUGCUCAAUAACAAUUUCUCGGGAAGCAUACCACGUGAUUUCGGCAAGUACAGCUCUUCUCUGCGCUACGUUAGCAUUUCCAACAACAGCUUCACCGGAGAACUGCCGCCAGAUUUAUGCAACGGCUUUGCUCUUCGAUUUCUCGAUGUCAGUGGGAAUAACUUCACCGGGCCGCUGCCCAACUGCUUGAAGAAUUGUUCGGGGCUAAUGAGAGUCCGCCUAGACGACAAUCAGUUCACUGCAGAUAUCACGAACGCGUUCGGAGUUUGUCCUGAUCUGGUCUAUGCAAGCCUUAGCAACAAUCGAUUUGUCGGGAAACUCUCGGCACAAUGGGGAGACUGUAUGAAUCUUACGAAUUUGCGGAUCGAUGGUAACAAAAUCUCCGGCCACAUCCCGCCAGAGCUCGGGAAAUUGUCUCAGUUGCGCGUCCUGACAUUAUCCAGCAAUGAAUUGACUGGGAGUAUUCCCGAUGAGAUGGGAGAUCUAGGGGAGCUGUUCGGGCUGAACUUGAGCAACAACCAUUUGGCUGGAGAUAUUCCUUCCUCGUUAGGAAAGUUGACGAAGCUCAAUCAUCUUGAUUUGUCGGAGAACACAUUGAGCGGUAGCAUACCUGACAAGCUAGCGAAUUUCGAGAAUUUACUGAGCUUGAACUUGAGCAACAACAAUCUGUCCGGUAACAUACCAUCCCAGCUCGGGAAGUUGUCCACGCUACAGUUACUCCUAGACCUGAGCCACAAUUCCCUAGCAGGAUCAAUUCCCUCCAAUUUGGCAAAGCUUACUAAACUAGAAAAUCUCAAUCUUUCGCAUAACAAUUUGUCGGGUAUGAUCCCAGCUUCUCUCGAGAGCAUGGAGAGCAUAAGCUCCCUAGACGUAUCGUACAACAAGCUGACGGGUGUGGUUCCUAUUGGUAGGAUCUUCGAACAAGCACCCGAAAGUGCUUUUAUUGGGAAUCCGGGCUUGUGUGGAAACGCGACCGGAUUAUCUCUUUGUGGGAUGAGCAGUAAAUCGACCCAACACAGAAAAAAAGUUCUGGUUGGUGCGAGUGUUGGCGUUUGCUGCUUACUACUUCCAGCGAUUCUAACUUCUGUGAUUCUGGCGCUUCGGCGACGAAACAAGCUUUGCAAUGAAGAGAUCAAGCGUCUUAAAAAGCACGAGCAAUUUGAGCAGAUCAUAUGGGAAAGGGUAGGGAAGUUCACAUUCAGCGACAUUGCCAAAGCCACCGACGAUUUCAGCGAAGAGUACUGCAUCGGAAAAGGCGGGGCCGGGAGCGUUUACAAGGCCGUAUUGGACAGCGGCCAAAUCGUCGCUGUCAAAAAGCUGAACGCAUUGGAAUCGGGCGAAGUCCCUGCGGUCAUCUGCCAGAGUUUCGAGAACGAAAUCCGUGUGUUGACCGAGGUCCGGCACCGCAAUGUGAUCAAGCUCCACGGGUUCUGUUCCAAGAGGGGUUGCAUUUACUUGGUCUAUGAGUUCGUUGAAAGAGGCAGUCUGGCAAAGGCCUUGUAUGGAGGAACGGGAGCUGCUGUACUGGACUGGGGUACAAGGGUGAAGAUUGUUCAAGGCGUGGCUCACGCGGUCGCCUACUUGCAUCACAAUUGCUCACCGCCUAUCGUCCAUCGGGACAUAACGUUGAACAACAUCUUGGUCGAGUCAUACUUCGAGCCUCGGCUCUCGGAUUUCGGGACGGCGAGACUCUUGGAUUCAGACUCGUCGAAUUGGACUGCAGUGGCUGGAUCUUAUGGCUACAUGGCUCCUGAGUUAGCAGUUACAAUGCGGGUGACGGACAAAUGCGACGUGUAUAGCUUUGGAGUAGUGGCGCUAGAGAUUACAAUGGGGAAGCAUCCGGGGGAUCUUCUCUCUUCUCUAUCAAUGACAUUCUCGGAGACCCUAAAUUUGCUGCUGAAAGACGUGCUCGACCCACGUAUUCCUCCUCCGACUGGCCAGCUAGCCAAGAAAGUGAAUAUUCUGCUUCAAGAGAUAUCGAGGAUUUCGUCAGUCGCGGCCCAGAGAAGCAUCGUCCUUCUUUUUGUUGAGCAAGUUCGGCAACCAGAUGAACUUCUCGUCUGGGCUACCUCCUUCAUCUUCCGGAAAGAUGAGCAUGAAGGGUUUGUUGCUGAGGCAAUUAUGGGUUUCGAUGGGAUUGAAGAAAGAUAA